AUGCCAACAGAAACACCAAUAUUAGAUCAGUCUCAUCUUAAACCGGGCCAUAAAGCCUCCUUACUUUCUCACUCACAAACUUUAGAAUUGUAUAGACAAAAUGCUAAAAAAACAAAUGAUCCCGACCUUCAGUUUGAAUUCGCAGCAUUUAUGGUGGAAGCUUCAAGAGCUAUGAACGAUGAAGAAGCUAAAAAAAAAGAUGACCUUGUUAAAGAAGGCUUAGCUCUCUUAAAGAAAUUAGCUGACAGAGGGCACGCUAAUUCACAAUAUUAUCUUGCAGACUGUUACGCAAGCGCUAUCGGUACUUCAAAAAACAAGCCUGAUUUCGAUAAAGCUUUUCCUUUAUUUGUGCAAGCGAGUAAGCAUGGUCAUCCUGAUGCAGCGUAUCGUGCUGGUGUAUGUUACGAACAUGGUUGGGGCUGUCGCAAAGACUUUGCUAAAGCUUUACAAUUUUUUAGAAAAUCAGCAUCAGCUAGUCAUCCUGGAGCAAUGUAUAGACUGGGUAUUGCGGAACUAAAGGGAGAAUUAGGAUUAUCCAAAAAUCCUCGUGACGGAGUAAAAUGGCUCAAGAGAGCAGCAGAAAAUGCAAAUGAAGAAUUUCCACAUGCAUUGCACGAAUUAUCAGAACUUCAUGAAAAAGGAGUUGAUAACGUAUGUUAUGUAGAUAUAGAAUAUUCAGUACAGUUAUUAAUAGAAGCAGCAAAUUUAAAUUAUGCACCAUCAGCAUUUAAAUUAGGAGAAUUAUAUGAAUAUGGAAAAAUGGGGUGCCCACAAGAUGCUGCUCUGUCAAUUCACUAUUAUACUAUUGCGGCACAACAAGAUCAUAGAGAAGCUUGUUUCGCUUUAACAGCUUGGUAUCUUGUAGGUAGUCCAGGUGUAUUGCCGCAAAGCGAUACGGAAGCUUAUUUAUGGGCGAAAAGGGCUGCUGAAAAAGGUUUACCUAAAGCCGAAUAUGCUGUUGGAUAUUUUACAGAAGUUGGCAUUGGUGUUAAAAAAGAUCAAACAGAGGCUAAUAUGUGGUAUCGCCGUGCUGCUGAACACGGCGAUAAAAGAGCUCAACAAAGAUUAAAAGGAGCCCCUGUUGAUGAUGAGAAGAAGCCUAAAAAAGAUGAUUGUGUAAUUUCUUAA